AUGAAUUCUGCCCAACAGCGCCCAUGGCAGAUUGGCCUCGGCAGCCUCAGAAACUAUGUCACCUGGUUCUUCAUCCUUCUCUCCAUGCUCUACAUCCUCUACUCCUCCAACCUCCUCCUCUCCGCCGACCGCCCGGACUGCCCCGUCAUAUCCGACAUCUCUGCUGAAGAAAAGCUCGAAAGCCUCAUCCCCCUAUCCAACUUCUCUUCCUCCUCCUCCACUAGCACUGCUAAUACUAAUCCCGUCAUCCCAAACCGUGACAACCAGCUGCUUCCCCGUGGUGAUCAUCAUCAAAUAUCCCAAGUCUUCGACACACAGGUCAAACACAUUGUGUUCGGGAUCGCCGCGUCUUCCAACUUGUGGGAGAAAAGAAAGCAAUACAUAAAACUAUGGUGGAGGCCUAAGGAGACUAGAGGAAUAGUUUGGCUGGACAAGCAGGUGAGGACUAGAAGAAACGAGGGGCUGCCGGAUGUUCGGAUCUCCGGGGACACCUCCAAGUUCAGGUACACCCAUAGCCAUGGAAAGAGAUCGGCCCUGAGGAUUUCGAGAGUGGUUUCGGAGACGCUGAGGCUGGGGAUGAAGGACGUGAGGUGGUUCGUAAUGGGCGAUGAUGACACCGUGUUUCUGGUGGACAAUGUGGUUAGAGUACUUUCCAAAUAUGACCACACACAGUUUUAUUAUGUGGGGAGCUCAUCCGAAAGUCAUGUUCAGAAUAUAUACUUCUCCUACGCCAUGGCCUUCGGUGGCGGUGGGUUCGCUAUAAGCUAUCCGCUGGCAAAGGAGUUGGAGAAGAUGCAGGACCGAUGCAUGCAACGGUAUCCGGGGCUGUAUGGAAGUGAUGACAGGAUUCAGGCUUGCAUGGCCGAGCUGGGGGUACCUCUUACCAAAGAAAAAGGAUUUCAUCAGUAUGAUGUGUAUGGGGACCUAUUAGGCCUUCUGGGAGCUCACCCUGUAGCUCCACUGGUCUCGCUUCACCACCUCGAUGUUGUGAGUCCAAUUUUCCCACGCAUGACCCGCAUCAAGGCACUGCAGCACCUAUUUCAAUCCAUUGAGCUCGACUCGGCGAGCGUAAUGCAGCAAUCGAUCUGCUACGACAAGAAGCGGAACUGGUCCAUCUCUGUCUCGUGGGGCUUUGUAGUUCAGAUCUUGAGGGGUGUGGUCUCUCCCAGGGAGCUUGAGAUGCCCACAAGAACAUUUCUCAAUUGGUAUCGAAGAGCAGAUUACACUGCAUAUGCAUUCAACACUAGGCCUGUGACCAAGCACCCAUGCCAGAAGCCCUUCAUUUUUUACUUGACCACUACCAAAUACGAUCGAGCUAAGAGGGAAACCAUUGGCUUUUACUCACGUCAUAGAGAAAGACACCCCUUUUGCCGAUGGAAAAUGGAGUCACCCGAUGGAAUUGAUUCCAUUGUAAUCUUUAAAAGGCCUGAUAGUCUUCGUUGGCAGAAGUCACCAAGGAGGGACUGUUGUAGAAUUUUGCCGUCACAAAAGAGCUCAACUAUGUACUUGUGGGUGGGCAAUUGCAGAGGAGGUGAGAUUAGUGAAUUGUAA